CCACUCCCCCCCCCCCCUUUCCAUCCAUCCUAUUCUCUCCUGUCGGCUUGUCCUUGGCUGCAUUCACAGCUGGCACGACUUUGGACCGCCCCCCUUCUUCCCCUUUUCAGUUCGCUCGCUUCUUGUCGCUUUGGUCUUUUCCUCGGACGCACAGGACCGGCGCUCAUUCCUCGACCACAGCUCGUCGUUGCUACAUUGACUUCAAGACGUUGAACGACAAGCAUCAGUUGUAGGAGCACACCUUGCGCUCCUUCUCACCUUCUAUUCGGCUUCAUGGCAUCCGUCUAUGCCAAGGGGACGAGGGUCUGGGUACCAGACGUCGCCGCUGGCUGGGUACCCGGCACGGUCACGUCGGUGACCCUCCCGUCCGACACUGAACCCACCUCCGAGGUGACAGUCGUCGUGUCAAUCGAUGGCAACAGUUCGAGCGAUUCAGGCGGAACCAAAGACUACAAGUGCACUCUCGCUGGACUUCAAGCAGCCGAGUCGAAUGGCAACAGCCUGACCACCUCCUCUGCGUCACUGGGGCGAGACGCGCUCCCACCGCUUCGUAAUCCGCCUCUACUGGAGAGUUCCGAGGACCUUGCAAGUCUCUCCAACUUGAACGAGCCAAGUGACGGAAACGAAAUCCUUCAUGCUUAUGCGGGAAAGAAGAAGGGUGAACUGGACCCCCAUUUGUUCGCCAUUGCAGAGGAGGCCCUCGACUAUAUGCGCCGAGGGACAGGUGAUGGUGGAGUUGACCUGACUGGUGCAGGCGACCAGACCAUUGUCGUCAGUGGUGAAAGUGGAGCGGGCAAGACUGUAUCCGCAAAGUACAUCCUGCGUUACUUUGCUUCAGUUCAUAACCCUGGCAAAGAACACCCCGUUUCCGACCGUCGACGGGGUGACAUUGCCAACAACGAGGACGAAGGCAUGAGCGAGAUUGAGCGACAAAUCCUGGCCAGCAACCCUAUUAUGGAAGCGUUCGGAAAUGCCAAGACGACCAGAAACGACAACAGUUCGCGGUUUGGCAAAUACAUCGAGGUCCUGUUCAGCAAGGAGAAUGAGAUUGUCGGCGCGCGGAUUCGCACCUACCUUCUGGAGCGCUCGCGUCUGGUCUAUCAGCCGGAUACGGAACGCAACUACCACGUUUUCUACCAGCUUUUGGCCGGUGCGCCGUCAAAGGAGCGCAAAGACCUCUCGCUUCCAACCGACCCACAGCAGUUCGCGUAUCUCGCCGGUGGUGGGCCAUCGUCCUCUACCAUUCUGGGCGUGGAUGACGCAAAGGAAUUCCGUGACACACAGGAGGCCCUCAGUACUGUCGGCAUCUCAGUGGAACGCCAGUGGUCCAUUUUCAAGGUUCUCGCUGCCCUGCUUCAUCUCGGAAACGUCAGGAUUACGCAGGCUCGGACGGACGCUGUGUUGUCCGACGAUGACCCCGCUCUCCUGAUAGCGACCGAACUCCUUGGCUUGCCCCUGGCGGACUUCAAGAAGUGGACGGUCAAGAAGCAGUUGACAACUCGAAACGAGAAAAUUGUCACCAAUCUCGGGUCUGCUCAGGCAACAGUUGUUCGUGACUCUGUGGCCAAGUUCAUUUACUCGUGCUUGUUCGACUAUGGCUUCGAGCACUUCAAGAAGAACUCGUUCGAGCAGUUCUGUAUCAACUGGGCCAACGAAAAGCUUCAACAGGAGUUCAAUGCGCAUGUGUUCAAGCUUGAGCAGGAAGAGUACAUGCGCGAGGAGAUCAACUGGACUUUUAUCGACUUUACGGACAACCAGGCGUGCAUUGACGUCAUCGAAGGCAAAAUGGGCGUCUUGACGCUCUUGGACGAAGAGUCACGACUACCUGCAGGUGCAGAUGCUUCCUUUGCCAACAAACUCCACCAGCAGUUGACAAAGCCGGAGUACAAGGACGUGUUCAAGAAGCCUCGGUUCAACCAGAACGCUUUCACAAUUGCGCACUACGCUCAUGAUGUCACGUACGACGUUGAUGGGUUCAUCGAAAAGAACCGUGAUACUGUCCCCGACGAACACCUUGUCCUCCUGCAGGCGUCCACGAACGAGUUCCUCAAGGAGGCGGUUGAGAGAUCACUUGCGGCUGCCACAAACCCUUCCACUACGGCCGCCUCUGAGCCUAAGCAAGCGGCUAAGCGUGCUGUUGCCAAUGCACGCAAACCGACGCUGGGCUCCAUCUUCAAGAACUCGCUCAUAAGCCUGAUGGACACGAUCAACCACACCAAUGUCCACUACAUUCGCUGCAUCAAACCCAACGAGGCCAAGAAGGCUUGGUCGUUUGAGCCCCAGCAAGUCCUUUCUCAACUCCGUGCCUGUGGUGUCCUGGAAACGAUUCGAAUCAGUUGUGCUGGAUAUCCCAGUCGCUGGACAUUCGCUGAAUUUGCCAGUCGCUACUACGUUCUAGUCAACUCCAAGGAGUGGGAGGGCAAUGCGGACGUUAAAGCUUUCUGCCAGCUGCUCCUACAGCGGACACUGAAGGACGAGAACAAGUAUCAGAUCGGCCUUUCGAAGAUCUUCUUCCGCGCUGGCAUGGUUGCCCUCCUCGAGUCCUUCCGCACAGCCCGCUUGAACGCAUUGGUCACCCUUGUGCAAAAGAAUGUCCGUCGUCGGAUCGCCUACAAGCAGUACCAGGACCUUCGGGAGCGCACCAUCACCAUCCAAGCUUGGUGGCGUGGCAUCUUGGGCCGCCGUGUGGCGGAGUCCAUGAGGAAAGAAGCUGCGGCCAUUCAGUUGCAGAGGGCUGCGCGGGCAUACCUGCAACGAAAGGCUUUCCUUUCGGCGAGGCAGGCUGUCGUCUCCAUCCAGGCUGUUGUCCGGGGAUAUCUUGCCCGCAAGCAUUUCUCCGAGGAGCGCACCGUGUCGGCAGCCGUCACACUGCAGAGCCUCUUCCGUGGCAUUGCUGCGCGUUCCCGAAGACAGGCCGAAACUCGGCGCGUCGUUCUUCUUCAGAGCCAAUGGCGACGCAAGCUCGCAGUUCGCGAGCUCGGCGCGCUCAAAGCGGAAGCCAAAUCGGCAUCCAAGCUCAAGGAAAUUUCAUACCAGCUUGAGAACAAGGUGGUUGAACUCACCAAGACUUUGCAGAAGCGAACCGCCGACAACAAGUCUUUGAACACGAGGGUAUCCGACCUGGAGAAGGAGCUCGCUGCUUGGCAGUCCAAGCACGAGGAAGUUCAUCACCGUUCGCGCGAUUUGGAGGCCAAGCUCGCACUCCCAACGGUCCCGCAGUCUCAGUAUGACGCGAUUGUCGCCGCCAAGACCGACGAAGAGAACCGGUUGCGCUCUGCCUUGAAGCGUGUUACCGAUCAGGAGGAGGAGAUCGGUCGCCUCAAGGACCAGUUUGAGCGUGCGACUAAGGAGUUCAACGACCGACAGGAGGCGAUCGACAGAGCUAUGACGAAACACACUGAAGAUGCCACCACGGUAGCGGCUCUGAAGCAGGAAGUCACGACUCUGAAGGAGCAGAUCAGCCGCGCCAGUGCCCUCCAGGCUCUGACGAAAGGACAUCGUGACGCUCCCCCGUCGCCCACCUUCGAUCGUGGCCUGCGAGAAUUCGCGAAUGGCCUUCACCAGGGAGACCCCAACCGGCAGGGCACUCGACGACACCGUCGCCGCCACAGCACUACCGGACAUGGUUCGCCUUCAGGAGGUCACCCUGAUGAAGAUGGCUUUGACGUUAAGAGAGCGCCGACGGCCAACCCUCGUGCGGUGUCGGUGAUGUUCCCCAACAGCAACGCUCUUCGCCCUCGUGACUCCAACGGACUUCCGACUCUGAGCGACUCGUCUGCUGACGAGAUUAUUCGUUUGUUGGAUGACGAGGAAGGGCUUGAUGAGGAUGUCUUGCAUGGUUUGAUCGCCAACCUGAAGAUUCCGGCUGCCAGCUUGCACAACCCACCACUUGCCAAGGAAGUCAUCUUCCCAGCUCAUCUCAUCAGCCUCGUCUCCAACGAAAUGUGGAAGUUAGGCAUGGUCCCAGAAAGCGAGAGGUUCCUCGCCAACGUCAUGCAAAGCAUUCAAGGCUACGUCAUGCAAUUCAAGGGCGAGGAUGUUAUCACCCCUGGAAUCUUCUGGCUGUCCAACGUGCAGGAGAUCCUGUCCUUCAUCUGCGUCGCCGAGGCCGAUGCUCAACAAGGUGUUGCACCCGGCAUGGACGAGCCCGGUGGUCGCGAAUUGGACUGGGAGGCAUACGAGCGACUUGUCGGCAUUGUCAAGCACGAUCUGGACAGUCUUGAGUACAACAUCUAUCACACCUGGAUGCUGGAAGUCAAGAAGAAGCUCGGCAAGAUGGUCAUUCCUGCACUUGUUGAGUCGCAGUCGCUUCCUGGCUUCAUUACAUCGGACGGAAGCGGCCGUAUGUUCUCCAGAAUGAUCGGCAUGGGCAGCAGCAGCAGUCAACCAUCAGCAAGUAUGGACGACAUCCUCAACCUCCUUAACAAGGUCUGGAAGUGCCUCAAGAGCUAUUACAUGGAAGAGAGCGUCAUGCAGCAGGUCGUGACCGAGCUGUUGAAGUUGAUUGGCACCAUCGCCUUCAACGACCUCAUCAUGCGCCGCAACUUCUGCUCGUGGAAACGCGCAAUGCAGAUCCAGUACAAUAUCACGCGCAUCGAAGAAGGGCUGCUCCAGCUUGAGCAUCUUAUGCAGGCCACGAAGCUCCUCCAGCUCAAGAAGGCCACUCUCGGAGACAUUGAGAUCUUGUUCGACGUUUGCUGGAUUCUGUCCCCAUCCCAAAUCCAGAAGUUGAUUUCUCAAUACCACAAUGCCGACUACGAGGCUCCAAUCUCGCCGGAAAUUCUCAGGGCCGUUGCUGCUCGGGUCCGCCCAGAGGACAAGAGCGACCAGCUUCUCCUUCAGACGGAGCAAGACGAGGUCGGACCGUAUCAGAUCCCUCCCCCCCGAGACAUUGCGGGUCUCGAAACAUGCAAACCGGCAUCACCAAGCCCUGUAGGAGGCUCUCACAAGGCUGUUGCCGAAGCCGGUGCGAAGAAGGCCCGGCUGAAUCAGCAAGCGCAAAGGCGAGAUGCGAAACAGCGCGCCAACCGCGAGGACGCCAAGUUCUUCCAGACGAGUUCUGGAGGCGGCAAGGUUCCACGCAUCGUAUCCAUUGUUCCUUUGUUACCGUCCUUGUCCGGACCGCGCUUCGUUGCGGAAAUUCUUCCUGCACUUGGCCUGUCUGAGACGGAUGCUGCGGACAUAACGUCCAAACUGAACGGGGAAGGAGGUACAUUUGUCGUCCCCGCACCCAAAUUCAAGACCACACUGCAAAUCAACCUCCUUCCUCCCCUGGAGCUGUACCCAACCUUGGACUCCGCUCUCGUGAGCGACACGAUCAUUCUCCUCCUCAGUAGCACAGACGAAGUCCAACUCGAAGGGGAAGCAAUUCUAAGGUGCCUGCAAGGCCAAGUAGGCAUGGCAAACAUCAUGACAUGUGUCCAGGCUCCGUUAGAGACCCCUUUAACUCCAUCAGCCCGAUCACUCGUUCACAAGUCUCUCCUUUCCUUUUCACGUUACUUCUUCCCAUCAGUGGACAAGAUUCAUUCCGCCGAUACUCCUGCUGAAAGCCUCCUCUUGGCCCGAGCGCUAUGCGAAGCGUCACCAUCCAGUAUCAACCAUCCAGAGGGUCGUGCGUUUAUUGUUGCGGAAGGCGACAAUGCCAUUGAUUGGGAGGCUUAUCCCAAUGACGACGGAUCUCUAAGCCACCAAGGCUUGCUUCGCGUAACAGGGACGGUUCGUGGAGGGCGCCUCAGUGCAAACCGACUGGUGCAUGUGCCCGGCCGUGGAGACUUUCAGGUGUCUGAGAUCAUUGCCGCCCCUCCCCUCAACAUGCACGCUCGCCGGAACGCAGAUCGAGCUAUGACCGAUGUCCAGGCCACCCCCGUUCCUCUGUCAACCCCUGAUGAGUCUGCUGAGGACCUCAUUGCCCACAAUGUCCCCGACUUGUUGGCCAAUGAGCAAACCUGGCCCACAGAGGAAGAGAUGGACUCGGCUCCAGCUGCCAGUGGAGUCAACGCGGAAGGAAGGCGCGUCAAGCGCGUGCCCAAAGGAACCAGUGCCUACCAAGCCGCUUGGAUUGUUGACGAGGACGACGAUGUCGACGACUUUGAUGAGACGGAUGGGGCGAGUAACGAUGAGAGAUUGUCAGGAGAUGAGGGCGACGGAGAACCACGUGGCCACAUCCAUGAUGAGGAGGAAGAAGAGAUGGAAGAGGUCGAGCUUGAUUCCCGAGUGGACACGCACAAAGAUAUGGCCCCUGAGGAUGAAGAGCAGGAGUACGAGACAUACCUUCGUCAGCGUGAGCGAGCGCAGCAAGACGACAUGUCCUUCCCGGACGAGAUCGACACUCCUCGUCACAUUGCUGCCCGGACCCGCUUCCAGCGCUACCGCGGCCUUCGAAGCUUCCGCACCAGUCCGUGGGAUCCCUACGAAAACCUUCCGCUCGAGUACGGAGAGAUCUUCCAGUUUGAGAACUUCUCGGCAACUCAGAAGCGGGUUGAGCGCGAGGCACGUGAAGAUGGCGUCGAGAUCGGUACGAGGAUCACUCUGGUCCUCAAGGAUGUUGCCCGAGAAGUGGUCGUCUCCCGGAAUCCCCGACUUGCCCUUAUUGUUCACGGUCUCCUGCAACAUGAGCACAAGCAAACCGUUCUUCACUUUGCGGUUCAAAGGAACACAGAGUUCACAGAGCCAGUUCGAGCCAAGGAGCCGCUCGUUCUCUGUGUCGGACCGCGCCGUUUUGUUAUCCGCCCGCUCUUCUCUCAGCAUGUACGAGGCGGCGGAAAGGGUGUGAAUAACGUCCACAAGUCGGAGCGCUUCCUCAAGCCAGGUACCACAACUGUGGUUUCCACAUUUGGGCCAGUUUGCUUUGGCAAGGCGCCAUGCCUUCUGUUGCGCCAACAGAAGUCUGAAGGAGUUCCGGAUUUGGUUGCCACGGGGUCAUUCGCUUCUUCGGAUCCAACUCGUAUCAUUGCCAAGCGGAUCGUUCUCACCGGCCACCCAUUCAAGGUGCAUAAGAAGACUGCGACGAUCAGAUACAUGUUCUUCGAUCGUGAGGACGUUUCCUACUUCCAGUCGGUCGAGCUCCACACCAAGACGCUGCGUCGGGAGAAAUAUCGUUCGGAGUAG